GGACGGGGGUGGGGGCGCGGUCGCAAAGCUGGACCCGUCGAGGUUUCCUUGGCUGCCUGACCCCCUUAGGACCAAUCAUCAUGCCUAUCCGUGCGCUGUGCACCAUCUGCUCCGACUUCUUCGACCACUCCCGAGAUGUGGCCGCCAUCCACUGCGGCCACACCUUCCACCUACAGUGCCUAAUUCAGUGGUUUGAGACAGCACCAAGUCGGACCUGCCCACAGUGCCGAAUCCAGGUUGGCAAAAGAACCAUUAUCAAUAAGCUCUUCUUUGACCUUGCCCAAGAGGAGGAGAGUGUCUUAGAUGCAGAAUUCUUAAAGAAUGAACUGGAUAAUAUCAGAGCCCAGCUUUCCCAGAAAGAGAAGGAGAAAAGGGAUAGCCAGGUCAUCAUCGACACUCUGCGGGACACCUUGGAAGAGCGCAACGCCACUGUGGAAUCUCUGCAGAAGGCUUUAGACAAGGCCGAAAUGCUAUGCUCCACCCUCAAGAAACAGAUGAAGUACUUGGAGCAGCAGCAGGAUGAAACCAAACAAGCACAGGAAGAGGCCCGCCGGCUCAGGACCAAGAUGAAGACCAUGGAGAGGAUUGAGCUCCUACUCCAGAGCCAGCGGCCCGAGGUGGAGGAGAUGAUCCGAGACAUGGGUGUGGGACAGUCAGCGGUGGAGCAGCUGGCUGUGUACUGCGUGUCCCUCAAGAAAGAGUAUGAGAAUCUAAAAGAGGCACGGAAGGCCUCAGGGGAGCUGGCUGACAAACUGAAGAAGGACUUAUUUUCUUCCAAAAGCAAGUUGCAGACAGUCUACUCUGAACUAGACCAGACAAGGUUGGAGCUGAGGUCAGCGCAGAAGGACUUACAGAGUGCUGACAAGGAAAUCACAAGCCUGAAAAAAAAGCUAACGAUGCUGCAGGAAACCCUGAACCUGUCACCAGUGGACAGUGAGACUGUCAACCGCCUGGUUUUAGAGAGCCCAGCCCCUUUGGAAAUGCUGAACCUGAAGCUUCGCCGACCAGCCUUCGGUGAUGAUAUUGACCUCAAUGCCACCUUUGAUGUGGACACCCCUCCAGCCCAGCCUGCCAGCAUCCAGCAGGGCCGUGCCAAGAAGCUCUGCCAAGAGAUAGCACACUCUCCUGUUCAGGACAUCCCCAACAAGAUGCCCAAUGACCCCAAGCAGGAGUCCCAGCUCUCGCUGGGCGGCCAGCGCUGUAUGGGAGAGCCAGAUGAGGAGCUGGCUAGUGCCUUUCCUGUCUUCAUCCGGAAUGCUGUCCUAGGCCAGAAACAGCCCAAGAGGGCCAAAGCAGAGCCCCGUCGCAGCACAGAUGCCGUAAGGACCGGCUUCGAUGGUCUUGGAGGUCGGACAAAAUUCAUCCAACCUACUGACACAACUAUGAUCCGCCCACUGCCUGUUAAGCCCAAGCCCAAGGCUAAGCAGAGAGUCAAGGCAAGGACAGUGCUCCCUCCCUCCCAGGCCAAACUGGACACCUUCUUGUGGUAGUGAGAACAGUGAGUCUAAUCAGUGGCCAGAUAUACGCCUCCAACUUAUAGGCCUGGACUGGCUCAGCAGGAGGUUUUGGGGGCACGGCCCCUCCUCCAGGACCAGCCCUGAAGGCAAGGGUAGACGAAAAGAUGGGGAUGAGGGUGAGGCCCAGGAACUGUGCUUUUUCUGAACUUACCCUGCCCACCCCCACCAUACUGGGUCUACCGUACUGGGCCUACAUGUGGUUGCCGAUGUGAGACCAGCAGGACCUGCUGUCUGUUAAAGGCUCUUGUGUAUAGCCAGAUGUAGCCGGGCUGCUUCUGGUUCUCCAGGUCUUUUGUUGACUAUAUGGACCAAAGUGCUCAAGGCUUCUCAGGCAAUUUCAGCCUGCCCAUGCUUCUGCCAGCUUCUGACUUGCUGCUAGGCAUGGCCGGAGCCAAGCAGGGUGGGGAACGAGGGGAUGGUGGUGGGA